AUGUCGGAGUUGAGCCUUGACAUGAAUCUUCUGGCCACGGAUUUGUGGGUCGGUAUCUCUACGUCUGACAGGAUUCGCUCGACCGCAAUCACCGUCGACGGAAGAUACGUCCGAACGUCCACCGCCUACACUACGUACGAAUGCGAGUCAGGGAGCUCAGAACGAUUUCUCCUUCGAUUCGGCGAUUCGGGCAUCGAGGACGAGGACCGCAUCUUGGUUUUCGGCCGAGAAACAGCGUCUAGCUGGGUUGGCUAUGUGCAGAUACUCUACGUGGACGGGACUUUUAGUUUAGCCCCGGAUCAAUUCGCGCAGGUUUUCGUCAUUUUGGCUGACCGUGGAGGGUAUGCAAUUCCGCUCUGCUACGCCCUCCUUCCAAACAAAUCGGAAAACUCGUACCGCCGCAUGAUCGGUCUCGUCAUAGGAGCCUUCUCGUCGCUGGACCCAGCUUCGAUCACCAUGGAUUUCGAGAUGGCUGUCAUCAACGCUUUCAUCGCGGCUUUCCCGAAUGCCGAAAUUCACGGUUGCUUAUUCCAUUUGGUAAAAAGUGUGAAGAAAAAGCUAUCGUCCUUGAAUCUCCUGAAACGCUACAAUGCAGAUUCGAAUUUCUCGCUCUGGUCUCGGAUGAUUCCGGCGAUGGCCUUCGUGAGAGAAGAUCUCCUUGACAGAUCAAUGAUGGCUCUUCUGGAAGUCUUACCAGAAGAGUUGAAACCCGUCUACACCUACUUCGUAGCUUACGUAUGUGGUCGCAUACUCAGCGUUCGCCUAGAUGGGUCAGUCAUCAGGGACAAUCCGCUCUUCAGCUCCGAUGUGUGGUCGGUCCAUGAAAAGACUCUCAACGGUGAGAGCCGCACCAACAACUUCGCUGAAGCUGCUCAUCGAAAACUCCAGGAGGCUUUCGGCGUCUGUCAUCCUUCCGUCUGGAAGUUCAUCGAUGGUCUCCGGCAUGUGCAGCACAAGGCAGACGCCGAGCUCGAGCGAUACAUUAUAGGAUCUGCGCCGGCUCCAAAAAGACGCAGAUAUCUGAAUGCGGACGCCAAUUUGCUCGAGUUGGUCCGUACCAUCGAGAAUCGAGAGCCGGUGGCCUUUCUGCGAGGGAUCGCAAACAAUUUCCUCAUGGACAACUAG